AUCUAGGAAAUCAAGAUCUACAGCUUUUUACGUUUGGCUUACAAAAAUCUAAAUUUUAUUUCUAUUAUUUUAUUCUGAAACCCCACAAAGUGAUAAAGAUGCCACUUGUUGUGAUGUGUGGUUACCCUGCCAGUGGCAAGACAACCAGAUCUAAACAACUAUCAGAGUAUAUCCAGAGUCAUUUUCCUGAUAAACAUGUGCAUGUUAUCUCAGAUAAUCUAGAGAAUAAACAUGAUGUUUACUCAAAUACUCAAAAAGAACGAGAAAUACGAGGUGUUCUUAAAUCUAAUGUGCAAAGAUUACUCAGUAAAGACAAUAUUGUUAUAUUGGAUGCACUCAAUUACAUUAAAGGUUUUCGGUAUGAACUUUAUUGUGUGGCAAAAUCAUGUAGAACUACUCACUGUGUUAUUUAUUGUGUGACUGAUGCAGAAACGUCAAAAGCAUGGAACAUGUUGCAGGAUGAAAGUAAUAGAUACACUGAUAGUUUGAUAGAUGAGUUGAUUAUGAGAUUUGAGUGUCCAUCACCCAGUAACAGAUGGGAUAAACCAUUAUUUUCCCUAAUUAGAGACAGUGAAUUGAAUGCUAGUGAAAUCUGUCAAUGUUUAUUUGAGGGGAGAGCAGAAGCUCCUAAUCAGUCUACUCAAUCCCAGCCAUUAUCCUCUACUAAUUUUCUUUAUCAGCUUGACAAAAGCACACAAGAUAUUGUGACCUCUAUUUUAUCUGCUAACAAAAAUCUGGUUCCUGGAGACACUAUUAAGUUUCCUGGAACAAGGGAGGAAUUUCUUUUCACCAGGUCUUUUACUUUGGCUGAACUUCAGAGACAUAGGCGGCAGUUUAUAAUUUAUACAAAAAUGCACCCUGUUGAGGAUGUGAACAAAUUAUCAAAUAUGUUUGUUCAGUUUUUAAAUAAAGCAUUAAAUGUUUAA